AUGAGGAACUUCCUCGGCAAGCACAGCAACCGAUCAUCGCAUGCGCUCAGUGAGCCGCGAAACUCGUCCAAGACGCCUGCGACUUCAACCCCAACGAACAACAGCCAAACUCCGACAGGCGGUAGUGCUGCGACUCCUCAAGCGGCAGGCCACCAGCGUCAACCAAGCCACCAGGCUCAGCAGCAGCAGCAGAUCCAGCAGCAGCAGCAGAUCCAGCGCAGCAGCAGCAGAUCCAGCAGGAUCAACACUAUCAAGUUCAGCAGCACCAGCAACUCCUUGACGAGGCAGACUCAGCCUCCCACGGCGCCCACUUCGGCCACUCGCACUCGGUCGGUGCCAAUGCCAACGCUGCCAGUGCUAAUGCGAGCGCCAACAAUCCUUCCGCCAUAA